GGUCUGCCCAAGUUAUCCCUACGGUCGAUCAUCCGGGCCUUGAUCUUCAUGUGGAGAGGCCAAAAUAUUUGGAGAUUUCAAUGUUUGCGACUUUUUCAAUUUCGUGCCAGCACGAGAGAAGAGACUGACAGAGCGCAACGGCAGGCCUUCGCUCGCAGUCAUACGUCUCCCGUAAUGAGCUCGGUCACCUUGUGAUAUCAUUCAUCAAUCAUGGACUUGACCGCCGACUUCAAGACCUUUCAAGGUCAGGUUCAAACAGCCCUCGUUGCUGUGACGAGGACCGCGGGACAAAUUGCGAACGAGGAUCUGGGCUUCCACCGAUCGUCCAGCGAGAAGCUAUCACGCUCACUUGACCGUCAGAAUGCCCAUCUACUUCGCUUGACCAACAAACUUCUCAAAGCCGUCAGCAAAGAUACCGGCAACAAACCGCCCACGCUCCAGAACCAGGAUGGCAUUGACGACAAUUGGCGUCGUGUUGUUGACGUGGUUGAUAAUCUUCUCGAAAAAGCCGACUCUGCACUUGAUGAAGUUUCCGGUGUCCUCAAACGACAAAGUCCUGCUCCUCAAGAUGGGACACUGUCGCCUAAGCAAAGUGGAAGAGUUGGCAGGGGUUUUCAAAGAGCAUUUGCGCCAGUCACGCAAAAGCCGCAGCGCUCGUUCGAUAGAAAGGUCAACAAUGCUGACAACGCGCCUUUCAAGGCUCUUCUCCAGAACAAACCGCAUGCGAUAGUGCCGCUUGAGGAGUGCAUCGGCGAUGAGCAGACUGGUUACAAACACCCAUAUGCACCAGAAAUCGAGAACUAUACCUAUCCCGCCUCAGUAUAUCAGAUCCAGCCUCCCAUACCAUUUACACCCGCAGAGGACAGUCAGCCGAUAUUCAUCGAUACUGAAGAAGGAGUGAAGGAGAUGGUGCAGGAAUUGAAACAGGCCACAGAAAUUGCUAUUGAUCUUGAGCAUAAUGACCAGCGCUCUUACAUCGGCAUGGUCUGUCUCAUGCAGAUCAGCACAAGAGACAAGGAUUGGAUCAUUGACACGCUGAAGCCAUGGCGUGAGAAUCUGCAAGUCCUCAACGAGGUCUUUGCGGACCCCAAAAUCCUAAAGCUAUUUCACGGCUCCAACAUGGAUAUGAUCUGGCUGCAGCGUGAUCUUGGUCUCUACGUCGUUGGCCUCUUCGACACCUACCAUGCUUCGGUUGCUUUACAGUUUCCGGGAAAGGGGCUCAAGCACCUGUUGGAGCGAUUCGCAAACUUCGAAGCACAAAAGCAGUACCAAACCGCAGAUUGGCGCAUCAGACCUUUACCUGUCGAGCUAGUCGACUAUGCACGCUCAGAUACCCACUUCCUACUAAACAUAUACGAUAACAUCCGCAAUAUGCUCGUUGAAGCAUCAACUCCCAACGAAAACCUCAUUGAUUUCGUCCUUCGAGAAUCCAAGAAGGAGGCUCUGCAGGUCUACGAACGUCCAGUCUAUGACAUGGAAACAGGUCGUGGCCCCCUUGGAUGGCUCGGGCUUCUGAUGCAGCGAUCUGUCAGCUUCAGUCCUCAGCAAUUCAGUGUAUUUCGAGCCGUACACGAAUGGCGCGACCGGAAAGCAAGAGAGUUGGAUGAGGGUCUUCAGUUCAUCAUGUCCAACAACAUGGUCUUCCAGGUUGCCGAAAGCAUGCCAAUGUCGGCCUUCAACUUCCAUGCCUCUUGCAGGGGUGCCACUAAAAACAUUAUGGGCUACCUCCCAGAACUUAUCGAGAUCAUCAAGAAAGCCAAGGCCGAAGGCACUGAAGGUAAAUCCGUCCAGGAAGUGCUGAAGCACAGCGAAGAGGUCUAUGGGAUUAUUCCACGGCCGGGUCGAGGUCCUAGGAAGGAGAAAAAGGAGCCACAAACCACAUUUCAAGGACUUGGUGCCACUCUACGAGACCUGGCAGCAAGUGGAGAUGUCGGUGCCGCAACGCCAACCCUCAACCACGACGGGCCUAUGGAUGUGGAUGUGCCUGUCGCCGAGCGGUCUUCGGCUUCUCACUUCUGGGGCAAUGUGGCGCCACAGUACGCACACUUACCUGCUGACGCUGUGACCGCAAUCAAUGCACUGGCUGCUGUUCUGCCGCUUGCAGCAGCUACCGCCGAGGCCAAUCUGGAAGCAGCUCCUACUCAAUUGCUGCCUGAGCCAACACCGUCUGCCGCCAAAACUAUCACACAGAAGCAGACCGCUCCUAAAUCCUCCGAGAUAUUUACACUCAACGAGCUCUCCCGGUCAAAGAAGCGCAAGGCGGCUGAUGAUGAGGAGGAGGAGGAUGUGGACAUGAUUGCGCCAACUCCCAAUGGGUCGUCUCCGGCUGACGCAUCUGCAUCACCACUGCCAGACAAACCUGAGUACGAAACCCAGCGACAAGCGAAAAAGCAAAGAAAAGCUGAAAAGAAAGCGCGCAAGAAGGCCGAGAAGGAUGCCGCGGAUGCCGCGGCCGCAGCAGCUCAGCCAUUCGACUAUGAUGCUGCUGAGUCUUUGCUCAAACCAGCUGCACAAGCGACGCAACAGGAUGGUCAGGCUGCGAAGAGAAUGAACCCGUUUGCAAAGGCGCUGGAUGCAAGCACGGGCGCGAGACGUGGAAAGAUGGGCAAGGAAUUGGCUGGAAAGAGUAUGACUUUCAAGUCUUAGAUUUCUGCGGUCAUUGUACAGAAAGGCUUUGAGAGCACUAUUGGACACAUCAAUAGCCUGGGUGAACGCCACAUCGCCAUAUGCAAGCUACGUGGCAUUACUAUGUGCAGAGUCUCAUAGCCAGUUUAUGCUUGAUUUGCAUGGUCGAUUCCGAGCUCAGCAUGUAUCAGUUCCAUGCGCACUCUCUGCUCAUCAGAGAUUUGAUU